ACAACUAGUCACAUGCGUUUCCUUGUUUAGUGCCACUUCCGCAUCUGACAUAAAGUAACUCUAGACGCUGUAUAAUGAUUUUAUAGCAUAAAUCGUUUCUAUUAAAGUACAUUUUAAAGCGGACUGUUAACGAACAUGGGUUUGUGAUUGUGCGUGAUCGAAUUUGAUUACCAGGUGUUAGUCUGUUGCAUUUGCAAGACAAAACGCGACACAGUGUCCCAUUUAGCUAGCUUAGCUUGCUUUUGCUAGCUACUUGAUCAGCUAGACUGUAGCCACUUCAACCUACACUAUUCAUUGGCUACACUAACGGAAUAGCUGGUUACAUCUUUUCAGAAUGAAGGUGUCCAUGCCCCCCCCACACACAGCGACGUCUGUGCGUCUGUUAGUUCUGGCUGUUCAGCUGGUCCUGUUGGUGUGUGGAGGCCAGGCCAGUGACGACACCAAGAGGUGUAAGUUGUUCUCUGAGUCCCUGGCAGAACGGAAGGUCCUCAGUCUUCUAGAACCACUCACUAACAAGAAUUUCUCGGUGGAGACGAAAAGCGGCAAGGAGAGCUACACGUACCAGUUCCAGGUGUGUGGGGAUGCGGGGAAAACGGUAGGAGCGGGACUCGUUCAGAUCGACCAGACCGGGAAAGAAAGUGAGAAAGUGCUUGGCCUGUACAAUGCAACACAGGCUAUCGGAGGAAGUGACUGGGUGAUGCUGAUCUACAGCAACGGCACCAAGUAUGACGGCCACUGUUCCAAGGAGAUGAGGAAAGCCAUCGUCAUGAUCUCCUGCAACAGAGGAGUGGAAAUGGGGAAGCUGGAAGUGGUGUUGGAGGAGAGGGAGAGAGAGAGGGACUGUUUCUAUCUGUUUGAACUGGACUCCAGUGCUGUCUGUCCCGCUCUGCCAUCCCAGCUCAGUGCAGGCUCCAUAAUACUCAUAAUUGGGUUCGUCCUCUUGUCACUGUACCUCAUUUGUGGAUUCCUCUACCAGCGGUUGAUUGUCGGGGCGAAAGGGUUGCAGCAGUUCCCCAAUUAUGUCUUCUGGACGCAGGUUGGCAACCUGGCAGCGGAUGGAUGUAAUUUCGUGUGUAGGACACAGGGCCCCGAAGAGGAACCUCCCACAUACAGGGGCGUGUCCACAGAGCCAGAGGAGGAGCCAGAAGAGAGGGAUGACCACUUGCUUCCCAUGUGAUCUGAUGACGUCAGUAGUGGGAGGGAUCUAUCCCGUGUGACGCUUUGGAUAGAUAUUGCCCUUACGCACAGAUCUAGGAUCAUCACUUACUCUCUCCAAAUCCGGAGAAACAUAAAACUGACCUCAGUUCAGUGUCUAGGCGCAACUUCAUCCUAGUUCGUUUUGACAGUUUCAGGGACCGAGUUUAGAGGUGGGCACACCAGUUUAUGGAAGGUUGGAAGAUCUGUCUGUGACAUCUGACUCCCAAACACUUAGUUCAUUAUAUUAGAUGAUAAGUCACCUCCCCUGGUUUGCAUGGCCCAGGCGUCAUUAUUUGGAGGUGGCAACAAAAACCUCGAUACACUUUUUUUCCUUUCAUGAACUGGAGUGGCCACCUCUGGAUGGAGCGUGAUGUCUCAAAAAUUCUGUUACAUUUGGCACAAUACAAGGGUCGUUACUAGUUAACGCAGCCACAAAGUCAUGAACCCUGCCUAUUUCUAAAAUGUAUGUUCUUAAAAUCUGAUUUUAAACCUAACUAACCUUAAUCACACUGAUAACCUGAUGCCUAACCCUGACCUUAAAUUUAGACCACAAGCACAUUUUUGUUUUCAUUAAUCUUUAUGAAAGAGCCAAUUUUGACUUUGGGGCUGUGUUAUCUAGUGGAAACCGAAAGGCCUUUCUACAUGACUGACAUAUGUUAGUGUGGACACAAUGCAUCCAUAGGAACCGUUUCUAACACGACUCCCAUCCAGUUUGUUUCAGUAGCUGAUGGCUGUACUGACUCGUAGGUCACACUUUAUAUGAAGGUCUGCUUGCUUAUACAUUGCUUAGAAUCCUUUUUACAUGGUAAUAUCACAGUAAGUGAAUACAUGCAGGCUUGUUAUUCACGGUUUAUAUGCUUACAGGUCAUCGUAAUAAAUGGUUUAUACAUUUAAAACAGUAACAUAUAUUUACUAUUGUUAAGAAAGAAAUAAACACAAAAUAUCACUUAGCCUAAAAUGUACGAAUGGGUAAAAAUAUUUAAUAACGACCUUCAAAUGAAAUUGGACCACAAUACAGUACAGACACACACAUUUACUCCGUGUUGCUAUUUUAGAGUAGGAUGCUGACUGGGCCUUGACCAAAAUGUACUUCUGACCCUUUACACCUUUUCCUUAGCUUUUGAAGAGUAGGGUUGGGACCAAUUACAUUUUAAUUCAGUUCCCAUCAGUUCACUUCCUAAGUUGACAAAAUUGAAAUGGCAUUGACCCCAACCAUUCCUACUGUUAUGUUGCGUUCAUAACCGAGUGGGAAUGUGAUAAUUACCAGUUGUGAAGUCGUAAAUACCAGUUGGAUGCAUUCACGUUCUUUAAACUCUUUGAGAAACGCAGAUUGGCUAAUGGCCAACAAGCGGCAUCAACUGUAAAUUAAAAGUACAGCUUUCACGCUUGUGAACAAAUUAGUGUUCAAAAACCAUAUUAAUAGAUUGCUUUUUAUAAAUAAUGUUUUGUUGCAUUUAACAGCCAAAAAUGCUGUUAUCAAGGUAAUUUCCUUAGUAGGUGACGUCAGAGGUCACCAUGUGGGAUAAGUCUGAGCUCAGAGAUGAUAGACAAGUUUCCCACUAGUAAUUACCAGCUGGAGGGGUGUUCAAGUGGAUUUUUUCCAUCGUAUGUGGUAAAUACCUCUUUCCCACUUGGUUAUGAUACUGAGGACAUUUAUUAUGAUUUUGUAAUAUAAUGCUGUGAUUGAACAGGACCUUCAUAAGGCAACAGAAGGCACUUUGCGUUCAACAGUAAAAUGGAGGAACAGAAGACAUUUAUAUAAUCAUGAAAAAUACACAUUUAUUAUGUGCUAUCUGUGACGUGGGUGAAUAUUUUUGUUUGUUUGAUUUGUGGUGUUCUUAAAAAUAAAAAAGACUUGGCCCAUAGCACUCGCUUAGUUCAACCAGGUCCUGAAAGAUAGCAUUAGUUAGACCUGACCCAGGGCAACAGGCCCCAAUGAGACAUGGAGAAACGGAUCAGAACUAAACCAAAUCUGGUUUAGUUUCAAUGGAUUUGGUCAGUUCUGACUUUGGCUUUAGUUUGUGAUGCUAUUUGUUCUUACAGAAGAGAGGAAGAGUAAAAUAAUUUGUUUAGUUUGUUUUUUGCUUUUGCAUAAAAAUAAAAAAAAUGAAUAAAGUGUGUUUGAUUACAGUUCUGAAUCUGUCGUGUAUGACAAGUUUGAGUGUGCUGGCGUGUUUGCAGGGGCAAUUAACUCCCUAAGCAACACAAUGUAAAACAUUAUAAUAAAUAUAUUUUUAAAACAA